AUGAUGACAGCGCUCAACGUUGCAAAGGACUCCCGUCCUGAUUCCGAAGUAAAUUCAGCCAUUAAAUCGAAUUGGAAGACCACCAAGCCAAUUCGUGCUACAGAGAAAGCAUUCCUCGAUCUCUUGGAAGGCAGAACUCCUCUCCUUCACGAGCCUGAGUUUCUUUCCCAGGAGGAUUGCUCUAAGCUCACAAACGCUUUGGAGCCAAGACUUACACCAUAUUUGCAUGCUACUGGUCCAAAGUUGGCCAAAGUGGGCAUUGCCCAGUUUGAGUUCCAAGCGCAGAGCGAGGAUGACCUGAAAAAUAGAUCUGGAAAUGAGAAACAGCAAUACUUCCAGGCAGUCCGUGAGUUGGGUGACUCGCACGCUCGAUUGGCCGCAGAAGUUGGUAUCAAUGCGUUUGCCAAAGUCUUCGACUUCAUUAAAUCGAUUGCUCCCGACGACUGGGAAGUCAUGCUAGCCACAGAGGUGCUAGAGGAUGAGACGACGAAUGGUACUCCUGCCACGCAGUCUUACUUUGCCGGCAUUUAUCGAGUGAUCAACAACGGAACACCAGUUCAUUGCGAUUGGGCACCUUACGACACUCGGACGGAAUCGUGGUCAAUUAGCAGAGUGACAAACCAAGUUGCCGUCAAUUUAUGCGUGACUCCACCACCGGCCAAUAGUGGAGGAACUACCGUAUACGAUUUGCAGUGGUCUCCCGAAGCAUUGGCCUUCCGAGAUCCAGAGAGUUAUGGAUACUCUGCGGGCCUUGUUGAUGGCCGUAAGCGAUUAGAUUUUCAACCUCAUAUUGGUGAUCUAUACCUCUUCAACUCUCGUAAUAUGCAUGAGGUGCAUCCAGUUUUUUCUGACACAGGGGUUCGGCGUUUGGCUAUGUCAAGCUUUCUUGGAGUGUUGCCGCCAUUGAAUGAAGGCGAAAAGACGAAGUUGGUGUUUUGGGGUUAG